AUGGCUCCUAGAGACAGUUUGUUAGCAAGUAGGACUACUGUGCCAAGAGAGCUCCAUGAUUUCAAUCCCAAAUCGUCUUGCAAGAUUUUAGACAAAUCCCGCACAUCAAAUGUCUACAUCUCUUCUCAAAAUACAGAUGAUCUAGACGAUGAAACCUGGAGGAUAAAACUUGAACUGAAGAAAUCGAUGGAUAUGUAUCACUCGCUUUGCAAAGAAGCAACAAAUGCUAAACAAAAGGAAACCGAGAUUUAUCAACAGAUGCCACCUGAGGCAGCAGAAGCUGCAAGAGCUAUGUUGGAGAUGGAGAAACAGAAGAGCAAAUCCGCCAUUGAAGCAGCACAAAAAGCUCAACUUCUAGCAGAACUCGAAGCCCAUAAAAGAAGAAAAGCAGAACUCAAAGCCGAACACGAAGCAUCAGAAAGAAAAAAACUCAUAAUCACUUCAACCCAAUCCAGCAUUCAGUACAGAAAAUACACAAUCGAAGACAUAGAAAUCGCCACAGAUUACUUCUCAAAUACCCUAAAAAUCGGUGAAGGAGGAUAUGGACCUGUUUUCAGAGGCAAUCUCGAUCACAUCUUCGUCGCCAUUAAAGUCUUACGUCCAGACAUCUCACAAGGCGAAAGUCAAUUCCAAAAAGAAGUCGAGGUCUUAACCUGUAUACGACACCCUCACAUGGUUCUCCUCAUGGGCGCAUGCCCUGAAUACGGCUGUCUCAUCUACGAAUACAUGGAAAACGGAAGUUUAGAAGACCGACUCUUCAGAAAAAACAACACCCCAGUCCUCCCAUGGAGUCUCCGUUUCAAAAUCUGCUUCGAAAUCGCCGCCGCCCUUCACUUCCUCCACCAAACCCGACCCCAACCGCUAGUCCACCGUGACCUAAAACCCGGAAACAUUCUAUUAGAUCGGAACUUUGUGAGUAAAAUCAGCGAUGUAGGGUUAGCGAGACUGGUUCCGCCGGAAGUGGCGGACGAUGGUGCCCAGUACCACCACAUGACGGCGGCGGCGGGGACGUUUUGUUAUAUUGAUCCGGAGUAUCAACAGACGGGGAUAUUGGGGACGAAGUCGGAUAUUUAUUCGUUAGGGGUGAUUUUGUUGCAGGUGAUUACUGCGAAGAGUCCGAUGGGGUUGACUGACUCACCAGGUUUCGAAGGCGAUUAA